AUGGCUCUCAAGCGUAUUAACAAGGAGUUGACUGAUCUCGGCCGAGACCCUCCCUCUUCCUGCUCCGCUGGCCCUGUUGGCGAGGAUCUGUUUCACUGGCAAGCUACGAUUAUGGGUCCUGUAAGCUGCCCCCUGACUUGGUAUGAGGAUGCGCUGCCCGGCAAUACAGCUGGCUGGCUUAUGGGCGGACGAAGCCCUCAGCCGCAUGCCGGUGCAUCCUCUGACUCCCCUUACUCCGGCGGUGUCUUCUUCCUUGCGAUUCACUUCCCCACCGACUACCCCUUCAAGCCUCCCAAGGUGAACUUCACCACACGUAUCUACCACCCCAACAUCAACUCCAACGGAAGCAUCUGCUUGGACAUUCUCCGAGACCAGUGGAGCCCUGCUCUGACCAUCUCUAAAGUUCUUCUGUCCAUCUGCUCAAUGCUAACGGAUCCUAACCCUGACGACCCUCUGGUGCCUGAGAUCGCCCAUGUCUACAAGACUGACCGACCCCGAUACGAGGCUACAGCCCGAGAGUGGACUCGAAAGUACGCCAUUUAA